UGAGCCCCCCUCCUCCGGCCUGGGUCCGCCCCUCCCGCCCCUGGUGCUCCGCGGCGCUACCUGCUGCCCCGCCACAUCCAGAGACGGCCGGCGGGUGCUUGGGCGGCGGGCGGGCACCAUGCGGGGAGGGUGCCUGGGGCCGUGGGCAGCGCCGCUCUCUGCUGCCCACCUGGCGCUGUGAGAGCCUGGCGCUGCCACCAUGUUCCCCAGCCCCGCGCUCACACCCACGCCGUUCUCGGUCAAAGACAUUCUGAACCUGGAGCAGCAGCAGCAGCAGCGCAGCCUGGCCACCGCCGGGGAGCUCCCUUCGCGCCUGGAGGCCACCCUGGCGCCCGCCUCCUGCAUGCUGGCCGCCUUCAAGUCUGAGGCCUACGCGGGGCCAGAGACAGCGGCCGCACCCGGACUCCCCGAGAUGCGAGCCGAGCUGGGGCCCGCUCCUUCGCUGGGCAAGUGCGCGCCUGCCUUCCCCGCAGCCCCUGCCUUCUAUCCGCGUGCCUAUGGCGACCCGGACCAGGCCAAGGACCCGCGCACAGAUAAGAAAGAGCUGUGCGCUCUGCAGAAGGCGGCGGAGCUGGAGAAGCCCGAGGCGGACGGCGCGGAGCGACCCCGGGCGCGGCGCCGGCGGAAGCCCCGCGUGCUCUUCUCUCAGGCGCAAGUCUACGAGCUGGAGCGACGCUUCAAGCAGCAGCGGUACCUGUCGGCUCCAGAGCGCGACCAGCUGGCCAGCGUGCUGAAGCUCACGUCCACGCAGGUCAAGAUCUGGUUCCAGAACCGGCGCUACAAAUGCAAGCGGCAGCGGCAGGAUCAGACUCUGGAGCUAGUGGGGCUGCCCCCGCCCCCGCCGCCGCCUGCCCGCAGGAUCGCCGUGCCGGUGCUGGUGCGCGACGGCAAGCCUUGUCUGGGGGACUCGGCGCCCUACGCGCCCGCCUACGGCGUGGGCCUGAACGCCUAUGGUUAUAACGCCUACCCGGCGUACCCGGGCUAUGGGAGUGCGACUUGCAGUCCCGGCUAUAGCUGCGCCGCCGCUUACCCCGCCGGGCCUCCAGCUGCACAGCCAGCCGCCGCAGCCGCCGCCGCCGCUGCGGCCAACAACAACUUCGUGAACUUUGGCGUCGGGGACUUGAACGCGGUGCAGAGCCCCGGGAUCCCGCAGGGCAACUCCGGAGUGUCCACGCUGCACGGUAUCCGAGCCUGGUAGGGAAGGCACCUGGCUGGGGCGCCCUGAUCCCGGUCCCCGCCGCCAGGAAAGGGGUACCUGACUCUGGGAGGGUGCGGGUAAGAAGGGCUCCAGGCACCACCACCCUCCGCCUCUCGGGAUUCAAGUUCGUUCUUGCAGAGGCCUCGGAACCGUUACCGUUCGCUGCGCCUAGGUCCCCGUGUGCGCUGCUGCGCGCGGGGGACAGUUUUGUCUCCUCAUUUGCUCAGCCUGCGAUGAGCGCUCCCGCAACCCGGUAUCUUAGCCAUCGCCCUCGGGCCCAGCGGCGCCUCUGGCGGACCCAAUACCAAAGCCAGUCGGCACCGAGCGAG